AGAUAAUAAAGAAAGAAGUUAACAGAGUUCGAGAUUGAAUUAUGCAAUUUAUUAUUUGCACUGUUAUUUUAAAUACAAAUUGGAACUGUGUAAGAAUAGUUAUUCUGUAAUAACACAGUAAUAUAAAUGUACAAGUGAUUGAGUAUUUAUUGAGUAUAAAAGUAUAUAGUUUUGUGUACUUAAAUAAAUAAAAAUGUUUUAAAUAGUAGGGAUUUAUUCAAUCUUAAUUAUCAUAUAAAAAAUACGCACAACGACACAAUUGUAAUUCCAACAAACACGAGGUCGUUUAGUCAACAAUUAUCAUCAAGAUGCAACAAUCAAUAGUAAAAUUACUUUUAUUUUAUGGUAUGGCUGUAUUUUAUGGAAUUUUAGUGGUUUUUAAUUUAUUUAUACGAAUGAUAAAAAAUCCAUUAAAAGCUAUACAAUCGAAAGAACGUAAUAUUCCACCAAAAUGUUUGAGUCAUCCGGAAGUUGGAACACAUAGUUAUAUAACCGUUAAUAGUGUGAAAAUUCAUUAUGUGGAAGCUGGGGAUCGAUCGAAACCAAUGAUGUUAUUUGUUCAUGGUUUUCCAGAAUUUUGGUAUAGUUGGAGGCAUCAAAUUAAAGAAUUUUCUAAAGAUUAUUGGUGUGUAGCAUUGGAUAUGAAAGGCUAUGGAGACAGCGAUAAACCUAAAGGUACUACCCCUUACGGAUUAUUAACUCUUGUCGAAGAUUUACGCCAAUUUAUUGAAAAAAUAGAUCAUAAUGGUUGUAUACUUGUCGGACAUGAUUGGGGUGGUGCUGUAUGUUGGGUUUUAUUGGAUAAUUAUCCGCAUUUAGUUGAUAAAUAUAUAAUCAUGAAUGCACCACAUUAUAAAGUCUAUGGAAAGUUAUACGCCACUAAUGAUACCCAACGUCGUAUGGCUUGGUAUGUGAAUUUCUUUCAGCUACCAUACUUACCUGAACUUUCGUUACGCUUUGGUGAUUUUGAAUUCUUUGAUACAUUAUUUCGACAAUUUGGAACACCAGAGGAUGUUGAAGCUUAUAAAUAUACAUUUAGUCAACCAGGUGCACUAACAUCACCAUUGAAUUAUUAUCGAAAUAUCCCAUUUAAUAAAAUCGAAAAGCAGCCUGUUUUAAACGAUUCACAUCCUCAAGGUCUGUUUUUAUUUGGUUCAGACGAUAUGUAUAUUGUUAAAGAUUCAGUUCAAAUGACUGCAACAGUCGUACCAAAUUUAACAACAAAAUUAGUAGACAAUGUUGGACAUUUUAUUCAUCAAGAAAUUCCAAAUGAAGUGAAUGAAAUAAUGCGAACGUUUUUAAAAGAAUAAGUAUUAUUUAAUUGUAUGUACCUAGUUGAAUUCAAUUUAUUAAUUGAGUUUAAAUAAACUGAUCUGUUACUAGAUCCUCAUGACUGAUGGGUAC